UGGCUCUCGCUUGCUCUUCAACGUGAUGCGCUGUGUGCCAGCAUUGCUCGCUCGCCUUCAGUAGUUGCUAGGCUGGCUGCACACUGCAUUGUUGCCGGCGCUCUCCGGAGAGGAUCGUGCUGGAGCGGCCGCCCCACCUCCCCCCCAGUCUAGCCCGCGGCUGGUCGGAGGAACUUUUCUCCUUGCCUCGAGAAGGCGCCCGAGCAGCGCCCCCACAUCCCCACGUGCGCCCGGGAGGCGAGCGCUUGGCUGCAGCCUGUCCGCGCGGCUUGCAGAGCUGGGGCCGGCGCCCAGAGCCGCUGGCCGCGGGGGGACUGUGCAGAGGCGGGACUUGCCCCGAUGCCGAGCGAAGGUGCCCGGCGGCAGCAGCAGUAGCAGCAGCGGAAGCGGGGCAGGAGGAUGCCGGCGGCUGCGGGAGACGGGCUGCUGAGCGAGCCGCCGGCGGCGGGGUUCGGCGAUGGCGGGGAGCCGCGGAAGCCGCCCCUGGGCUCGGAGGGAAGUUUCCUGGCUGCCUGGGUCAGCGCAGCGGGCGCGCGGGAGCGGCUCCGCGAUUUCCAGCACACCAAGCGCGUCGGCAACUACCUGAUCGGCAGGAAGCUGGGAGAGGGGUCCUUCGCCAAAGUGCGCGAGGGGCUGCAUGUGGUGACCGGCGAGAAGGUGGCAGUGAAAGUUAUUGACAAGAAGAGAGCCAAGAAGGACACCUACGUCACCAAGAAUCUGAGACGUGAGGGGCAGAUCCAGCAAAUGGUCCGACAUCCCAACAUAGCUCAGCUGCUGGAUAUAUUGGAAACUGAAAACAGCUACUACCUUGUCAUGGAGCUGUGCCCUGGGGGCAAUCUAAUGCACAAGAUCUAUGAGAAAAAAAGACUGGAAGAGCAUGAAGCACGCAAAUAUAUCAGGCAGCUUAUUCUAGCAGUGGAGCAUCUUCAUCGGGCCGGGGUGGUUCACAGAGACUUGAAGAUAGAAAAUCUGUUGCUAGAUGAAGACAACAAUAUCAAGCUCAUUGACUUUGGCUUGAGCAACUGUGCAGGUAUCUUGGGUUACUCUGAUCCAUUCAGCACACAGUGUGGCAGCCCUGCCUAUGCAGCCCCAGAACUUCUUGCAAGGAAAAAAUAUGGUCCCAAAAUAGACGUUUGGUCCAUUGGAGUGAAUAUGUAUGCUAUGUUGACUGGGACUUUACCUUUCACUGUGGAGCCAUUCAGUCUGAGAGCUUUGUACCAGAAAAUGGUAGACAAAGAAAUGAAUCCUUUCCCUGCUCAGCUCUCCACAGCGGCCAUAAACCUUCUACAAUCUCUGCUAGAGCCAGAUCCUGCAAAGAGACCAAACAUCCAGCAAGCUUUAGCAAAUCGUUGGCUUAAUGAGAAUUAUCCUGGGAAAGCACCACAUAAUGUCACUUAUCCAAACAGAAUUCACCUAGAGGACCUCAGCCAAAGUGUGCUGCUCCAUAUGACUGAAAAGCUGGGCUACAAGAACAGUGAUGUGAUCAACACUGUCCUCUCUAAUCGGGCAAGCAACACUCUCGCCAUCUACUUUCUACUUAAUAAGAAACUAGAGCGCUAUUUGACAGGCCUGAGAAAGUCAGAUGUCCAUGAUAAUGUUUGCUACAGGAACCAGCUAUACCAGAUAGAAAAAUACAAGGGGAACCAAGAUGCCUAUGAGGUAGAGCUUUUUAUGAUGAUACUUUGA